AUGACCCGAAACAGUGAAAGAAUCAUUGAAAUAGUGGACAAAUGUUUUUCAGAGGGUGACAAGAUGUCCCCAGAAGACAUGCUGUUUUCCUACAGAGGUAUUUUAUACCCAGCUACAAUGAGCAGCCCACAGACUUUGGAAGCUCUGAAAUCCUUUGAAGCCAGGAGUGAUGAUGUGAUUCUAGUUGGUUACCCUAAAACAGGAACCAAUUGGCUUGAACAAAUGGUGAAGGAGUUGGCAGAUGCCAAAUAUACAGAAGAGGAAAUGAAAGAGAGAAUAAAUGCUGAAAAGAAGCUAGAGACAUUUCAGCGUCUAGAAUUUGGGGAUCCUGGCAUAUAUGAGAGGAUGAAGCAGCUUCCUUCCAGAAGAAUUAUAGUAACCCAUCUGAGAGCUGAUCUCCUGCCUCCAUCCAUUUUCCAAAGCAAGGCUAAGAUCCUUGUGCUAGUUCGGAACCCCAAGGACACGGCUGUCUCCUAUUACCACUUCUGCAACAACCUGUCAGUGACGCCGUCCUUCGCCUCCUGGGAUGAGUACUUUGCAGACUUCAUGAAUGGAAAAUUGGCCUGGGGAUCCUACUUUGACCACAUGGUGGAAUGGAGCAAAUACAUUGACAACGAGAGGAUCAUGACAAUAAGCUAUGAGGAACUCAAAGAGGACCCAAUACUGGGGAUGAAAAAGAUCGCUUCCUUCUUUGGAUUUUCCCUGUGUGAGGAAGAUUUUUCCAGAAUUGCCAAGAAGACCACUUUCAAAGCUAUGAAAGAGAAAUCCAGUGAAACCCAUGGAAAGUUUGGGGACGUCCUCUUCCAGAAAGGGGUUGUUGGAAACUGGAGAGACGUCUUCUCUAAGGCUCAGAAUGAAGAAAUGGACCAGAAAUUUCAAGAUUCCCUAGGAGGAACAAAGAUGGCAGCAAAGUUAAAAUAUGAUGUGUACUGCAAGGCCUGA